UCAAAACGGCCAGGUAGGUCCAGGUGUGUCGCGAGUGACGGAGUGAAUCCCAGGUACAGCGACAGGUUCGCCCAUCGGGAGUGGAGCGAAUCCGAGUCGAGAAGCGGGUGUGCUGGUUGAGUCUGGCGGGAGUUAAGUUGCAGCGCCUUCUAUGAGGAUCGUGUCUGAUUUCUGGGGUCACAGAACUUAUUAUUGCUCUUCCUUGAAGAGCUACAGUAUAUAUCUACCACUGAGUAAUGGACUGUGAAGAUGUCCCAGAACAAUACAUCUAAGUUGUGUCAGAGAAAAAGUGAGCAACUUUAUGAACACCGAUUACAGACUUUAUCUAUUAAUUAUUCUGGGGCUCAGCUUGAAUUGGAAGAAUGUAAGAUUCGAGUGGUGGAAAAUACAGAUAUGACAAAUAAGCCAGUUUCCUUGUGGACAGUGGAUGAUGUGUGUGAAUGGAUUAAAAGUCGUUUUCCAGGUCACAGCUCUGGUUUUGUAGAAGCAAUUUAUGGCCAUGCUGUCUCAGGACGUGCUUUGUUGAGAAUGACUGAAGGAAAGUUGGAACAAAUGGGCAUUGAUGAGGAGAACCACCGCCAUUCUCUGCUUCAGGAAAUAUUGCAACUGCGCAUUCAAGAUGAUGUAGAAAGUCUUACCAGCAUCUUUAAAGGUGUGCUGGGGGCAUUCUGGCUACUGCUGCACCACUGCAUUCUUCGCGGCAAUGUGUCGGUCUGCGGCCUGGAGGUUGGGGACCACUGCCCUAGUGGGCUCAACCGCAAGCAGCUCUGAAAAGCCAUCUUGUAGGCAUUCUAGAAAUUCCCCCUCUUGGGAUACAGUAUCAACUUGAUAUUCCCAAUCUACCUACAUAUUGAAAUCCUCCAUGACUAUUGUAAUGUUGCCCUUUUGAUAUCCAUUUCUGUCUCUCAUUUUAAUUUGUAGACCACAUCUUUGCUACUGUUCAUAGGUCUGUAUAUAACUCCCAUCAGGGUCCUUUUACUCUUGUAGUUUCUUAGCUCUGCCCACAAUGUUUCUAUACCUUCUGAUCCUACGUCCACCUCUUUUUAAGGAUUUGAUUUCAUUUAUUUUUACCAACAGAGUCACCCCAUCCCCUCUGCCUACCUGCCUGUUCUUCUGAUACGUUAAGCUCUCAGCUAUAAUCUUCUUUCAGCCAAGAUUCAGUGAUGCCCACAUCAUACCUGCCAAUCUAUAACUCUGCUACGUUAAUCUACCUUAUUCUGUAUACUGCGUGCAUUCAAAUAAAACAUAGAAACAUAGAAAACCUACAGCACAAUACAGGCCCUUCAGCCCACAAAAUUGUGCCGAACAUGUUCCUACCUUAGAAAUUACUAGGCUUACCUAUAGCCCUCUAUUUUUCUAAGCUCCAUGUACCUAUCCAGAAGUCUCUUAAAAGACCCUUAUCGUAUCCACCUCCACCACUGUCGCUGGCAGCCCAUUCCACGCACUCACCACUCUGCGUUAAUAAAAAAAAACUUCCCCUUGACAUCUUCUCUGUACCUAUUUCCAAGCACCUUAAAACUGUGCCCUCUCAUGCUAGCCAUUUGAACCCUGGGGAAAAGCCUCUGACUAUCCACACGAUCAAUGCCUCUCAUCAUCUUUUACACCUCUUUCAGGUCACCUCUCAUCCUCCGUCGCUCCAAGGAAAAAAGGCUGAUUUCACUCAACCUAUUCUCAUAAGGCAUGCUCCCCAAUCCAGGCAACAUCCUUGUAAAUCUCCUCUGCACCCUUUCUAUGGUUUCCACAUCCUUCCUAAAGUGAGGUGACCCGAACUGAGCACAGUACUCCAAGUGGGGUCUGACCAGGGUCCUAUAUAGCUGCAACAUUACCACUCAGCUCCUAAACUCAAUCCUACGAUUGAUGAAGGCCAAUGCACCGUAUGCUUUCUUAACCACAGAGUCAACCUGCGCAGCAGUUUUGAGUGUCCUAUGGACGCAGACCCCAAGAACCCUCUGAUCCUCCACACUACCAAGAGUCUUACCAUUAAUACUAUAUUCUGUCAUCAUGACCUACCAAAAUGACCACUUCACACGUAGCUGGGUUGAACUCCAUUUGCCACUUCUCAGCCCAGUUUUGCAUCCUAACACCUCCAACUUUUGUGUUAUCAGCAAAUUUACUAACCCUUCCCUCCACUUCCUCAUCCAGGUCAUUUAUAAAAAUCAUGAAGAGUAGGGGUCCCAGAACACUUCCCAGAGGCACCCCAUUGGUGACUGACCUCCAUGCAGAAUAUGACCUGUCUACAACCACUUUUUGCCUUCUGUGGGCAGGUCAGUUCUGGAUCCAUAAGGCAAUGUCCCCUUGGCAAUGCCUCCUUACUUUCUCAAUAAGCCUUGCAUGGGGUACCUUGUCAAAUGCCUUGCUGAAAUCCAUAUACACUACAUCUACGGCUCUUCCUUCAUCAAUGUGUUUAGUCACAUCCUCAAAAAAAAUUCAAUCAGGCUCCUAAGGCACAAACUGCCUUUCACAAAGCCAUGCUGACUAGAACAUAGAUCAUAGUAAACCUACAGCACAAUACAGGCCCUUCGGCCCACAAAACUGUGCUGAACAUGUCCCUACCUUAGAACUACCUAGGCUUUACCCAUAGCCCUCUAUUUUUCUAAGCUUCAUGUAGCAAACUAUUACUAAUCAUAUUGUGCCUCUCCAAACGUUCAUAAAUCCUGUCUCUCAGGAUCUUCUCCAUCAACUUAGCAACCACUGAAGUGUGCAACUGUAAUGAAAACCAAUUUCCCCCGGGAUCAGUAAAGUAUGACUAUGACUAUGACUAAGACUCACUGGUUUAUAAUUUCUUGGGUAUCUCUACUCCCUUUCUUGAAUAAUGGAACAACAUCUGCAACUCUCCAAUCCUCUGGAACAUCAUCCGUUCCCAUUGAUGAUGCAAAGAUCAUCACCAGAGGCUCAGCAAUCUCUUCCCUCACCUCCCACAGUAGCCUUGGGUACAUUUCGUCUGGUCCUGGUGACUUAUCCAACUUGAUGCUUUCCAAAAACUCCAGCACAUCCUCUUCCUUAAUAUCUACAUGCUCAAGCUUUUCAGUCCGCUGUACGUCAUCCCUACAAUCGCUAAGAUCCAUUUCCGUAGUGAAUACUGAAGCAAAGUACUCAUUAAAUACCUCUGCUAUCUCCUCCAGUUCCGUACGCACUUUUCCACUGUCACAUUUGAUUGGUCCUAUUCUCUCACAUCUUAUCCUCUUGCUCUUGACAUAUUUGUAGAAUGCCUUGGGAUUUUCCUUAAUCCUGCUUGCCAAGGCCUUCUCAUGGCCCCUUCUGGCUCUCCUAAUUUCAUUUUUAAGCUCCUUCCUGCUAACCUUAUAAUCUCCUAGAUCUCUAUCAUUACCUAGUUUUUUUGAACCUUUCGUAAGCUCUUCUUUUCUUCUUGACUAGAUUUACAACCGCCUUCGUACACCAUGGUUCCUGUACCCUACCAUCCUUUCCGUCUCAUUGGAAUGUACCCAUGCAGAACUCCAUGCAAAUGUCCCAUGAACAUUUGACACAUUUUUUCCGUACAUUUCCCUGAGAACAGAUGUUCCCAAUUUAUACUUCCAAGUUCUUGCCUGAUAGCCUCAUAUUUCUCCUUACUCCAAUUAAAAGCUUUCCUAACUUGUCUGUUCCUAUCCCUCUCCAAUGCUAUGGUAAAGGAGAUAGAAUUGUGAUCACUAUCUCCAGAACGCUCUCCCACUGAGAAACUUGACACCCGACCAGAUUCAUUUCCCAAUACCGGAUCAAGUACAGCCUCUUGUAGACUUACCUACAUAUUGUGUCAAGAAACCUUCUUGAACACACCUAACAAACUCCACCCCAUCUAAACCCCUCGCUCUAGGGACAUGGCAAUCGAUAUUUGGGAAAUUAAAAUCUCCCACCACGACAACCCUGUUAUUAUUACACCUUUCCAGAAUCUGUCUCCCUAUCUGCUCCUCGAUGUCCCUGUUACUGUUGGGUGGUCUACAAAAAACACCCAGUACAGUUAUUGACCCCUUCUUGUUUCUAACUUCCACCCACAGAGACUCAGUAGACAAUCCCUCCAUGGCGUCCACCUUUUCUGCAGCCAUGACACUAUCUCUGAUCAACAGUGCCAUGCCCCCACAUCUUUUGCCUCCCUCCCUGUCCUUUCUGAAACAUCUAAAGCCUGGCACUCGAAGUAACCAUUCCUGCCCCUGAGCCAUCCAAGUCUCUGUAAUGGCCACAGUUUCAUAGCUCCAAGUACUGAUCCACGCUCUAAGCUCAUCCACUUUGUUCAUAAUACUUCAUGCAUUAAAAUAGACACAUCUCAAACCAUUGGUAUGAGCGCAUCCCUUCUCUAUCACCUGCCUAUCCUCCCUCUCACACUGGCAACACACUCUGAAGAGCAACUGCAACGCCUCAUGGACAGCUUCUCAAGAGCCUGCCAGGACUUCAGCUUGACCAUCAGCCUGAAGAAAACCAAUGUGUUGGGCCAAGGCGUUGAGCAUCCCCCUGCCAUUACCAUCAACAACUACAAGCUGGAGGUAGUUCACGAGUUCACAUACCUUGGCUCCACCAUCACAGACAGCUUCUCCCUAGACCCCAAGAUCAACAGAGGGAUUGGACGAGCAGCCUCAACAUUCGCCAGGCUGACAAAGAGAGUCUGGGAGAACAGAAAGCUGAUGACACACACCAAAGUUGCAGUCUACAGGGCCUGCGUCCUCAGCACACUGCUUUAUGGCAGAGAGACCUGGAGCCUCUACUACACACAAGAGUGGUGUCUCAACGCCUUCCACCCUCACAGCCUGAGAUGCAUCCUGGACAUCACGUGGACUGACCGAGUUACCAACAAUGAGGUCCUGGCCAGCACCCAGAUACCCAGCCUCUUCACCCUGCUCCAACAACGCCGUCUCCGCUGGCUGGGCCACGUACACCGCAUGUCAGACGGGAGGAUCCCGAGAGACCUGCUGUACGGGGAAUUGGCCUCCAGCAAGAGAGCACAAGGGCGGCCCCAUCUUCAUUUCAAAGACGUUUGCAAGAGAGACAUGAAGUCACUGAACAUGAACGUCGAGAGGUGGGAGGACAUCACAAGCGAUCGCUCUCACUGGAGGCUGGAACUACGCAGAGGUCUAAAAAGAGGAGAAGGGAAGCUGAGGCUUGCUGCUGAAGAAAAGCGCACUCGCCGAUAAAACAGCACCAAGACAACACUGGAGGCCAGCGCCUUCAAGUGCAAUCGCUGCAGCCGAGACUGUCACUCCCGUGUGGGCCUCUACAGCCACAACAGACGCUGCUCUAACACAGACUGAAGCAAGAAUUUCCAGGCUCAGAUCCAUGGUCUCACGAGUCUAACGGAUGCCACCACGAUAUCUUCAGCCUUAUCAUCCCGGUUCCCACCCCCGUGCUGAAUUAGUUUAAACCCACCUGAACAACUCUAGCAAACCUACCCCCAAGUAUAUUGGUUCCCUUUGGGUUCAUGUGUAGCCCAUCCCUUUUGUACAUGCCUUCCUCAGAGGAGAUCUCAAUGAUCCAGAACUACUGCCCCCGCGGUAGUUCCUCAGCUACUCAUUCAUCUGCCAAAUCAUCCUAUUCUUACACUCACUAGCGCAUGCCACAGGCAGUAGUCUAGAAUUGCACCCAUGGAGGUCCUGCUUUACAGCUUCCUGUCCAGCACCUUAAAAUCUCCAACAAGAGAAAAUCUGCAGGUGCUGGAAAUCCAAGCAACACACACACAAUUCUGGAGCAACUCAGCAGGCCAGGCAGCAUCUAUGGGGAAAAAAGUACAGCCACUGUUUUGGGCCGAGACCUUUCAGAAGGACUAAGUCACUCAGUUACCUGCCUCCUGUAACUUGGGGAUUACUGUCUCCUAUCUAUCGCUUCCUCAGUCGCCCAGAUGAGCCGAAGGUCAUCGAGCUGCAGUUUCAGUUCCUUGACGUGUUCUCUGAGGAGCUGCAGCAUGGCGCAGAUAUUGUUGUCUGGGAGGCUGGAGAUCUCCCAGAAUUCCCACAUCUCAGACACAGAACAAAAGACAACCCCUGGAGCCAUUCUCACUGCACUGACUGUGUCCUAAGAGAUGAGGAAUGAAGAAGAAACUUGCUUACCAGAUACUUAACUCACCCAAGCUUGAUCUUGCCAAAGCCUAAUGAACCAAAGCCACUCCACCACUGAUCCACUCAUACAAUGGCUGCUCCACUUGCCCUUGCCUUAUUUUUAUUUGCCCUUUUUAAUGAUUCCUGUUCAGUGAUUGAGCGCAUUCCAACCAUGAAAAUUGCUGCAAAUCUCUUUUUUAAAUCUUCAGCUACAUACCUAAGUGAAAUUGCCACUUCUUGUGCUUCCGCACAGUGAUUGGGUGCAGUCCAACUCUGCUUGAAGCAGCUGUUGUCUAAGUUUUAAAUGAGCUUCAUUAAAGUAUACAGUGGAUUCUGGUUAAUUGGCUGAUCGGUUAAUCAGGGCAGCUGCAUAUUUGGGACAAAUCUUAGAGCACAAAUUAAUGGAGCCAGGAUUCACCUCGUUUAUUUGGGACACCAUGCUGGCUUAAAUGGGACAGGAGAAUGCUGCCAAAUAGUUUCGAACUAGCAUUUGCAUGGCCAUUAGACACGACACCGUGCUUCGAGUGAAGUUUUUAAGUGGCCUCAGUUGCAUUUGUUUCUGUCCAAAAAGCACUAAUUUUGUAACUGAUAGUUGGAGAGAAAUAAGUAGGACAAUUCACAACUGUUUUGUUUACUGUAGUUUCAAGCAGUUGGACCCAGAGAUGCCAGAAAUAGCCGAGAGCGAAAAUGGAACAAUUUCACUAUUUCAUGUUAGUAACUGCGGAGAAUUUGAAGGUAUCAACAAUCGUCUUGAAUGUUGCAAUGACAAUGAAGAUUUGAUGGAUACAUUCUAUGAAGUCAGUCCAUUAUCUGCACCAAGUGACUGCGCUUCUAUUUAUUUACAGUCAUUGAAAAGAACAUGACAGCUUACACUGGAUGAAUUUCUCCAUCGAUAACUAUUAAGAACUAAUACACAGUUUAAUAGUACUGUAGUAAUAUUAGUAAUGUUCUAAUUUGUUCUGUAUUUCAUUUAAAUGCAUUAUUUGUUACUCAGCUAAACUUUAGUUUGUCUCGCUUAUAACUUUUUAUUUCCAUGAAACUUCAGCUAAUUGGGACAGCUGCUUAAUUGGUUCAAAAUGUACUGGUCCUGAUACGUACCAAUUAGCUGGAAUCCACUGUAUAUAUUAAAAAAAUACCGCGCCCAAUUUGUGUCCCUCCCAACAACUAAGAAAAUUAUUCUUACAAAUGUCAUUCUUUUAACGUGUAAUUAAGGGCCGAGAGGAGGCCUGAAUGCACUAAAAGUGGGCCCAAAAUAUGGGAGGUGCAUCUAGUCAGAGAACUUUAUUUGAAUUAAAUGUGUGCUCAAGAUGGUGCCAGCGACUGUUUGCCCUCUCCCAUUGAGAGACUCAAGACCCCUGUGGAGAUCCAGUGUUUCCUGUUGCCCCAGACGAAGACCAUUAACCUCCUCUGCAUUCUUGCGACAAAGGGGGCAGGUGAGGCUAAGGUGACCAUGCGGUACCACAACAUGGAGGCUACCAGCUGGUUUAUGACCACCACCCUGCCUCGAUAGGAAAGCACCCUGAGAGGGUCUGAUUGGCACCCCAGCCAGGCCAUGACUUGCGUCUCCAGUUUCUGCCAGUCCGCCAGCCAGGUCUCCCCAGAAGGACUCAGGUAGACUCCCAGAUAGAGCAGAUGUUUGGUUCUCCAUUCAAAAGCUUUCAUCUCCUCUGACAGGGAGUCCACCUGCCACUGAGCCACUAAGAGUCCGGUACAUUUCGCCCAGUUGAUCCUAGCAGAGGACACUGCUGAGAAAACUUCCUGGCGCUCACACAUCCUCCCCAGGUCACUGGGAUCGGUCACCAUCAGGAGAACAUCAUCGGUGUAGGCCAAGAGGACAACCUCCAUGUCCGGUUUGUGCAGAACCAGACCCAUCAGCCUCCACCAAAGAAGGCACAGGAAUGGUUCUACACAAAUCGCAUUCAACUAGACGGACAUGGGGCAUCGCUGAUGUUGUACUCUUCUAAAGGGAAUGGGUGCUGUCAAUGAUCCAUUGACCUUAACAAGGCAUUCAGUGGCACUCCUUGGGUGUGUUGGUUGUUAACACAAACGACGUAUUUCACUGUUUGUUUUGAUGUUCACAUGAUAAAUAAACUUGAAUCCUGAAUUUGCAAAAGUACGGAUAAUUAAACCUUGCGACAGGUUUAUAAUGAAGGGUGUAAUUCCAAAAUAUUCUCAUGUCACUUUCAAUGUAUCCAAGCUGUGUUUGCAAGUCGAGUUAUCU